AUGAGUCCCUCUCCAGCAGGGCAUCUCUCCCCGGCAAUUGUAUCUACCUCUCUCGGAGAUCCCACUAUUUAUAGCAUAAGAGAAAAACUCGAAAAGGCUGCCGUUGAUUACCCCUCCGAAAAGGAUUUAUUCGCUGCAGCAGAGCGCAUCGCGGACCUAUGCCAACGCCUCGGCCUCAAUAUCGUAGCCUUUGGGCCAUUUCAACGCUACGAAGGAUUACGGGAUCGAGCGCGGCACGAUGCCAUGAGAAAUAUACUCAAAACCCAGUUCUUGAUUGCGACGAAGCUUGGCACCAAUACGAUUAUAGUCACAGCUAAUCAUCUCCCACAAAACGAGCUGUCUGAAGGAUUUAUCCUCGAAGACCUCAAACUGAUUUCUCAAUGGGGAUUGGAUCUAGGUAUCAACAUUGCGUACUCUUUUACGUGCUACAGCACCAUUAUCAACAAAUGGUGGAAAGCAUGGGAAGUUGUGAAGUUGAUCAACAGCCCCAACUUCGGUCUCUGUCUGAGUACCUUCCAUAUAGCUGGUGGUUUGGGUGAUGAUACGUCAGCCUUGUCUUACAAGGGAUCGGAAGAGAGCAUUAGGCGCACGAAUAGUCUCGUUCGUAUGAUGGAAGUAGUGCCGCCAAGCAGGAUAUUCCAUCUCCAAGUUUCCAGUGCCGUUCCCUUCAUCAAUUCGAUAAGCGUGGAUCAUCCUUGGUAUGUGCUACCGGCGUGUUUCUCGCACUUCUUUCUUAACCUACAUCGCUAA